UUAUAUAUCAAUCUUUAUUGUUUCUUUGUAAUGAUCAAAACCCAAAUGGAAGUGCAGUGUAAAAAACUCACCAGUUUCUGGAUGAGGCAGGAAUAUAAAUCAGUCAAAGACAAAUUUGAGAAACCUUUUUCUUUAACACUUGAAAAUCUUGGCUUGGAUAACUCACUAAAAACAGAGCUCAAGUUAAUGCAAAACUACAAAGGCCUGGGUUGCACUGUUUGGGAUGGUAGUAUUGUCCUCACUAAACUAUUUGAGCAUGAUACGGACUUGAGAAAACAUCUUAUGCAAAGUAGAGUUGUUGAACUUGGUGCAGGAUGUGGUUUAGUAGGGAUAGCAUUGGUUCAUCUUGGCACAAAAUUUGUCAUGAUGACAGACAUGGAAGUGUGCUUGCAAACUUUAAGAGAAAAUGUUAAACACAAUUGCCAGAAAUUCAAGAAUAUAGAGGUCAAAUCAUAUGUUUGGGGGGAUGACAUAGGAUCAUUGGUGGAGGAGCAUGGACAGUUUGAUGUGAUUGUUGCUGCAGAAGUAUUAUAUGAUGAGAAUAGCUCCAGGCUUUUAGCACUUAGUGCUCAAAAGUUAUUAGCCAAAGAUGGAAUGAUGUUUGUUUCAAUGGGAAGGAAUCGAAAUGGACAGGGAAUAUUCAAAGAUGUCAUGGUUAAACAUGGAUAUGGCAUUGAAGACGUGGAUACCCAAUGAAAGACUACAUCCCCUUUAUCAAGAUGAAAUAAUUAAAGUCAUAAAAGUCACAAAGAAUGAUCAAUGAAUUUUCAUUUUACUGGUGCUUCACUUGAUUUGAUUUCACCAACAAGUAAUCAUGAACACUCAAAAGAACUUCAUCAAUCACAUCAAUGCUUUAUCUAUAAAGCGUGGUCAUCCACACAGAUUUUAUUAAUUCUUGACCAGCAGGAAAGGCCGAUCCACACAGGAUAACAACUCAAAUCUUGCUGCUACUCAAUUCUCUAACAAUACAUCACUGAGUAGCUUUUGCCUUUUUAGUUUUUGCCGUUUUUCGUUCUCUCUUUUUUAAAUUAUCAAGACUUCCUUUUAACACAUUUGUGUAAGCCUGCAAAAGCAAUGUUAAAGUAAAACAAUUUGUGGUGUUAACUGUCAUCAGGAAGUGUAAAAUUUGUAAAGUUAAACAAUACCUGUUGAAA